CCGCACCACAGCCUUGUGCUGAGGUAUUUCAUUUCCAUUCUUUACAUUACAUCAGUUGUCAUGAAUCCUUCGAUAAUAGUUAAAUCCUGAUUUCGAAAACUUCGUCCUAAUGUUUAUAUCAUAAGUCUUUCGUUUUCCCCCAGACUUUUAAUAUCCAAUAUCCAUCUCACUGUCGUUCUCGCGCUUCGAAUUCGUUGUGACACCCAGCAUACAUCAAGUGAAUCAUUUCGGCAAUAUACUGGCCCCAACCUUCAACAAGUAUUCCUUCUGUUUUCUUGGCUACUACAUACAAUCUCGCGUUUACCCAAGGUCUGAAAAGUCACUACAAUUGUAUCGCACAUCAUGGCCGAUGUUGAAGAACCACAGUUUACCACCCUCGCGCAACGUAUUGCUGCAUUGAAGCAACAACAAGCGGGGGACUCUGCCCCUCCGAAUAAUACUUUGAUAGUAGCCAAACGGCCUCCACCACCUCCUAUUCCAAGUUCCGAUAGACCUCCUCUUCCUACAAGACCAAAGACUGCCAACAAUCCCCCAAUUGUCGCAUAUGGUUCUUCUGUUAGCCAGAAACCUUUCAAUGAACCACUUGGCACAAAAGCCAAAUCGGAUCCAGUCAAUGGCAAUGCCCCAGUUAAUAAUUCCAAAAGUCCUGCUCUUCCAGCUCGAAAUGCACCUCCUCCAUUACCCACGAGAAAAGCCUCAACUCCAAAUCUGCCACCAAGACGAGCAUCUACUUCUACACAAUUGGCAAGGAGAGAUUCGGGGGAUUCGACCAUUUCACAAAUGUCUACGGUCUCGGCCAUGUCAUUGAAUAGUUAUGGCAGACCUGCAUCUUCAAUAACAUCUGUAGGAUCAAAAGAUGGAAGGAUGCUACCUCCUCCAUUGGAUAUGGCAAAACUUCCACCCCUGCCACCUUCAAGAAGGGAAUUACAAGAGAAGGCAAGGUUAGAGCAGAAGGCUAAAUUCCCUCUCGUUUCUACCAAGUCAGCUCCAGUUAUUCUCAAACAACCUCCAGUCGUUGAACGUGAAUUGCCACCCAAAUUGCCAUCAAGAUCAAAUGGCCCACCUAAAAUGCCUCCUAGACCCAUUGCAAACGUAGAAGAUGAGAAUUCAGUCUCUCCACCACCGCGAAGAUUACCACCUCCAUCUCAAACUCGUUCUGUUCUAUCACUGGGAUUUGGUAACAAAUCUACCGAAACACCAAACCCAUCACCAGGACCAACACCUACAUAUAAUAGGCCUCCUGGUCCCGCUGUUCAAGAAUUGAAUGCUAACAAUUUUGAUCGUAUUAUUCUCUCUGGAAAAUUUGCUCUUGUGGACUUUUAUGCUCCAUAUUGCAAGUAUUGUGUCGAAUUGGAUCCACAUUAUAAACAGCUUGCCGAGAAUUUUGCAUUUGCUUCCGACAGAAUUGUGAUUGCAAAAGUUGAUGUUGAUGCACAUAAAUCAUUCUUGGCAAGAUAUGGUAUUGAAGGGUAUCCGACCAUCAUGUUCUUUGACGGAAAUGGAGAUAAUCCGGAAAAGUAUCAAUAUAUGAGAAAAACGGACGCUAUGACAAAGUUCUUGACUGAGAAGACGGGAAUCUCGCCAUCUGAUGCACCAAAACCUGGGGGAGGAGUACCACCACCUGUUAACCUUCGAUCCAAGCCAACAUCGGCUCAAGUAAAAGCUGUAAGUGCUGCUCCAACUACAUUAUCUCCUUCAUCACAGGGCUGUCUUUUGUGUCGAGACUUUUCUGGUCCGGAUCAAAUUGCGUCAAAAUAUUCACGGGAAUUCCUUCCAAGAUCCCCUGAUAAUACAGGAUAUCUUGCUGAUGUUCUUUGUCGUCCUUUCAGCUCGCCCACUGAUAAAGCUCGUGCUAUCUUCGUUUGGCUUCAUCAUAACAUCGCUUAUGAUACUGGUGCUUUUUUCGGGAACCGAGUCAAAAAUGUUACACCUGCCGAUACUAUCAAAACUGGAUUAGCUGUCUGUGGUGGAUAUGCUGGUCUCUUCACAGCUAUUGCACUUAAAGCAGGACUCGAAGCUAUCAUGGUAACUGGUCACGGAAAAGGAUUUGGUUAUACGCCGCUUAGACCAGGAGAAUCUUGUCCACCACCUAAUCCUGGCGGUCAUGCUUGGAAUGCAGUACGUAUCGAUGGAGGGGAAUGGAAGCUAAUUGACGCUUGUUGGGGUUCCGGACAAUUAGGAGAUAAUCAAAUGUACAACAAAAAUUUGAUCUCUUCCUACUUCACCAUGUCGAAUGAAGAAUUUGGCUUGAAACAUUUUCCAGCCAAUAAGUCACAUUUCUUCAGAAAAGAUAGAAGAGUUUUGACGUGGGAAGAAUACUUUAUUGGAAACAUUGGUGGUGAACCAUUACAGAUUUUCGGUUCUGUAGAAGAUCAUGGUAUCUCACAAACUUCAAUUACACCACCUCAAAAAUACAUCCCAUCCUCAUCCACAUCCACAUCCAACGGAAUGAUGCGAUUUCAAUUCUCAAAAGUCUGUGAACAUUUCGACUUUGAAAGAAAUGGUCUUGGUAAACCUUAUUGUCUAGUUUUGAAGAUAGGAGGAGUCGAUGGAAGAAAUGAUGAUAUGGUGCCGUUUGAUUUUGAUGGGUUUUGGUGGUGGGUAGAUGUGGGAGUUAAGGAAUUGGGUGUGAGAGGUCAGACGAUUAGUUUGUAUGCGGUUACGGUUGUUGAUGGAGAGGAUGCUAGGGGAAUGACGAAGAGAGACUAUGAGGGGAAGAAGGGGAACUGUGCGAUGGAAUUUGCAGGGGUUGCGGCGUGGGAGUUGAGUUGAUUUUGUUGUUGAUAAGGUGGGUAGGGAUGGGGAUAGGGAUAUGGGAUAGGUUAGAUGAUGAGUAGGUGUUCUCGUGAACUUUGGAUAAGUUUCCUUAUUAGCGAUUAUUAUCUUUUGUUCUUCUUUUUCUCUCGUCUCAGCUCAGCUCAGCUUGGCUUAGCUUGGCUUGGCUUGGCUUGGCUUAUGGCGUUAUAGGAUCGCGGGUGGAAUGAUAUACAUAUGAUGGACAAAUCGAGAUAGAGCACAGCAUUUUCGUUACCUAUCAAUUUUUCACUUCGCAUCGUCAUAAUGCUGCAGAUGCCCAACACUGCAUAGCGUAUAAAUAUAUAUAUUGUUCCA